AUGUCAGAUACAUCAGAAAUUCCACCAAAAAUCAAAUUAAUACUUCGUCAAGAUUGGUCAUCGCUUAAUUCAAAACUUCCAAAAUUACUUGAAAUUUUAACAAAAGAACUUGGUUCUUCAGAAUGUUGGCACAAAAAAUCAACAUUCUUUGAUCAUUUGUUUCAUGUUUAUCAAAUUUUAACAAUUUGGAAUCAACCUCAAUAUUUAAUAGAUUGUGGUUUAUUCCAUUCUGCUUAUUCAAAUUCAUACGUGAAUUUAGCAAUCUUCAAAUUAAAUGAUGGUGAACGUAAAAGGCUUCAAGCAUUAAUAGGUGAAGAAGCUGAAAAGCUUGCACAUUUAUUUUGUAUUAUUCCAAGACAUGAUUUAAUCUAUAACAAAAUCUUUGGUCAAUUAAAAUCCAAGGAAAUUGAUGAUGAAAAAUUAAAAAUCGUUAUACCAGAUGAAGGAAUUAUAGUUCGAAAUAUUAAUAAUGAUGAACCAAUACUUUUAAACAAAUUUACUAUAGCAAUUUUUUUAAUUUUUACAAUGGCAGAUUUUUCUGAUCAAUUAUUUAGCUGGCAAGAUGAAUUGUUUGAAAAUUAUGACGGCCAAUUAUUAUAUCAAACUUCAAAUGAAUUUAAUUUUUCAUUAUGGCCUGGUGAUUGUAAACCUGGUCUUUGGUUGGCUGGCUUAUCUAGAAUAGGCAAAAUAGUAAGAUGGUGCCUCAAAGAUUUCAAACCUGAAUUGAUUCCUCCGGUGUUUGAUAACUGCACGGUUGAGCUUGAUCCUUCGGAUUUGAUUAAAUCAAGAGAUUUGUACUGGGAUAUUGUUACGAAUCAUCAUAACUUAUAUAACGUCGAAGCUAUACCAGAAAUAGAGAGGAAAUUGAAAGAAUGUAUUAAGCUUAACCCUUUUGUCGGAGAACCUCAUGUGUUACUAGCGCAAAUUUAUAUGAGGUUGGAGAAAUACGAAGAGGCAGAGCAAGAAGGAUUAAAAGCUUUAAAAUUUUUUUUCGAUUGGGGAACUUGUUGGGAUAAGAGAAUGAAUUGGGAUGUUUGGAUAGCUUACAUUAGAGUUAUUAUCGAAUGUGCCAGAAAAAAAGAAUGGAUUAAAGGCGCAUUUGGUGCUGUAAAGCUAGGAUUGGUGUCCGGUCUUUGA